UUCCUCUACUUAAAUAAAUCCCCUUCUUUUUGCUCCUCCUUCCCCCCACACCCUCCCUCUCUCUCUCUCUCUCUCUCUCUCUCUCUCUCUCUCUGCCUAUGCCGCCAUUGGGACCGGUGGCUCCGCCUCUAUCUUCCUCCGUCGCCACCGCCGGAAUCUGACACUCAACACUCCUCUCCGCCACAAUGUCUCUCUCUAACACCACCACCACCACCACCACUUCUUCUGCAACUAGCGAUCUCCGGCAACGAGUCAUUCUCUGUCUCAACAAGCUCUCCGACCGCGACACUCUCUCCGUCGCCACCACCGAGCUCGAAUCCAUAGCUCGCAACCUCUCUCACGACUCCUUCUCUCCUUUCCUCAACUGCCUCUCCUCCACCGACUCCUCCGAGAAGUCUCCCGUCCGGAAACAAUGCGUUCGUCUCCUUGGCCUCCUUUCCGCCGCACACGGCGACGCUCUCUCUCCUCACCUCUCCAAAAUGCUCUCCGCCCUCCUCCGCCGUCUACGUGAGUCCAACUCUGCCGUCCGCUCCGCCUGCAUCGACGCCGUCUCUUCCAUGGCCUCGCAAAUCACCAAACCUCCUUUCUCUUCCUUUUUGAAGCCGCUCGUGGACUCGAUUUUGCACGAACAGGACUACAAUUUGCAGAUCGGUUCGUCGCUGUGUCUCGCGGCGGCGAUCGAGGCGUCGCCGGAUCCGGAACCGGAGCAAUUGACGAAGCUCUUGCCGAAGUUGCUGAAAUUGGUGAAGAGCGAUUGCUUCAAGGCUAAGCCGGCAUUGUUGUCGGUUAUUGGAAGCAUUGCGAGUGUCGGAGGUGCGUCGAAUCGUAAUGUGUUGAGCAGUUUGGUUCCUAGCUUAGUUGAGUUCUUGAGCAGUGAAGAUUGGGCGGCGAGGAAGGCUGCAGCGGAGGCGUUGGCUAGCUUGGCGGUUGCAGAGAGGAGUCUGGUGACGGAGUUCAGGUCUUCGUGUUUGGCUUCUUUGGAGAGUCGAAGAUUCGACAAGGUCAAGAUUGUUCGGGACACAAUGAAUCGUACCUUGGAGAUGUGGAAGGAGUUUCCAUCUGAAUCUAAAUCAUCUUCUAAAGGUGAUGGCGGUGUUGGAUGCUCCCCUCCUGUCUCCAGAAGUUCCUGUGACGACAGUUUUGAAACUCCUAAACCAAAGAAAACAGCUCCCACAAGCAGGUUGUCUCCAUCUGAUAAUCCAUUUGCUACUAUUGUGACAAAAAGAAGUCCUUCAAAGAGCAGAGACAUCAAGCCAAGCACAACCAUGUUCGGUAAGCUGGACUGUAAGAACUCUGGCUGGAACAUUGAAAUUGUGGUGCCCCAGCCUUCAUCUAUGAAAGUGGGUUGUGAAGAUUUAAAAGUGAACGAGAGCAGCAGGGAUUGGAAUUUGAAAUCUGAAACGAAACGUGACCUCUUUGGUAUAACCUGCGAUGAAAAAUUGCAUAAAUUUGGUGGUUUGAGGUCUGGAUCUCGUGUGGUCCCAUUUUACGAGAAUGAUAAGCCAAAUGUGGUACAGAGGAAUUCUACUGAAGAUGUUGAUGGGAACCAGAAAGAUGUUGAGGAUCUGAAUUUGAUUCACAAACAGCUUGUUCAGAUUGAAAACCAACAAUCUAGUCUGUUAGAGCUCCUCCAGAGGUUCAUUGGCAGCUCUCAAAGUGGGAUGAAUUACCUGGAAACACGUGUAAAUGGCCUAGAGAAGGCACUGGAUGAAAUAUCAUAUGAUUUAGCAGUAUCAACUGGCAGGAUUUCAAACACCGACUCUGCAGGAAGUGCAUGUUGCAUACUUCCCGGUGCAGAAUUUUUGAGGCCAAAGUUUUGGAGGAGAACAGAAGGACAGUAUUCUUCUUCACGGUUCUCUUUCUCUGGAAGAAACCAUUCACUGACAGCCAUGAAUACUAUGCCUAAUCAAGAUGCAAAUGCCGAAAUGCCUAAGCUGGAUACCCCAAAAGAUCAGCACCAAAGUGGGGUUAGAUUUGCUGCGAGUCCAUUGGCAGAUACCCACAGGAAUUUGAGGGGAAACUUGCAGUCAUGCUCGAGUAAAAAUUUGAAGAAGACAAAUAAAGAUGCUGAGAAGGUAGUAAAAGUCUGUAGUGUUGGUGGCCUUGAUGGGAAUUCGCUUGCGAAGUGUGUGGCAGCAGGAAAUAUAAGCAGCAGAUCAUCUGCUUAGAUUGGAAGUUGAGUUUCAGUGGCCUAUUCUAUUAAGAGAGAAAAUCAUUUGUGUUUCCAUAACCGAAAGAAAUGAGAAUGAAGCUGAUCCAUGUGUGAGACAGUAAUAGGCAAAUUAGUAAAAGAACCCAGAAGAACAUAUCUGUUUGGUUUAUGAGAAAUUCUUCAUUUUGAGGGGUCUGAUUAGAAGAGUAUCAGACUAAUAGUUGCACUCUGCUUUGGAAAUCAUUUCUAUUUUGAUUUUAGGUUGGUUUAAUUUUGCACCCCAUUGCAGGAAGAUCAGUGCUAUUUGUACAGGGAAGAAGUAUUUAUACAUGUAUCUUUUGGCAUUUUGCAAGAUUGUUGUGUAUAGUGUUGAGUUUUAACCACAAUGUGGUUGGCUUAGAUACGACUGGGCUCUGGAGGUUUGCUUCCUCGCAGGUCUUCGGCUCGAAUCUCUUAAUCAGCAAAUGCAUAUCUUGGAGUCACGGAUCGCAUGGCGUAAAUCCUGUUUCAGAAGGCUUGUUCGGGUUGUAGAAAUUUAAUUUGGUACGCGUAAGCUAGCUUAGAAUAUUCUAUAUAAUAAAUUAAAAAAAAUUUGUUUCGA